AUGGGUCUCUUUACUCGAAUACUAGAAUUACCAAUUUCCAUAUUCACUAUCAUAUUAAAUCUUGACUUUACACUAAUAUUCACAUUAUUCAUAAUAUACUCUGUCUUCCAAACAUAUUUCAACUUUUACCGUAAACGUCAUGAAAGAUUCCCCGGUCCCGUUCCACUCCCGUUUAUCGGCCACCUCUACUUAUUCAUCGGAAACUUCGCAGCUACAAGUUCUCGCUUGAACGAGAAAUUCGGUGACACGUACGAAUUCAGUAUGUUUGGCUACCGCACCGUUGUCCUCGCCAAUCCAAAAGAUCUCAACGACUUGUUCAGUGCAAAAGUUGACUCGCCAUUUUUGCGUCGUAUCCCGCCGUUUAAAGGGAUAAAAGCACUUGGGAUGGAAAGUGAUGGGUUGUUGUUUAAUAAUAAUGUACCGAAAUGGAAACACAAUAGGAAAUAUUUUUCGCAGUCGUUGUCACCGCCUUCGUUUAUAAAGUUGAGCGCUAUAUAUACGAAUCAGGCCUGUGAAGAGUUAUUUGGGUAUUGGAGUAAUUUGAAACAGAAUGAAAUUGUGAAAUUGGAUGAAUGGUUUCGAUCUUUUACUUCUGAUAUGAUGGGAUUAGUUGUUUCAGGGGUAAAAGAAAAUUCGAUGCAGUUAACCAAUGAUAAAAGAGUAAAAGCAAAUUCUAAACAUUCGUUACGAGUCAACGAAGACGCGAAGGAAAAGAAUCAUGAAAUAACAUCUGGUGAAAUUUACAGAAAUCUUCGAUCAGAGUAUUCGGAUGCAUUAGGUUUCUUGGUGUUUGUCCCGACUUUUUUAUGGAAUUUUCCACUUAUUAAACCAAAAGUCGAGCAUUACAAAAAUGUCUUGAAGGAAUUAGGAAAGUUUGAAUUAGAAUUAAUCAACGAACGCAAAAUCACAAUGAUGAAGCAACAGCCUGAUGUAAAUUCUGUUAAUAGCAAUAAUAGUAAAGUAAAAGCAGACUUUCUUACAAUGUUAUUGACAUCCACUGAUGAUGCUGAUGUCAUUAAGCAAAACAUUCGUGAGAUGUUUGGCGCAGGAAUUGCAACUACUACAAGCACACUGUGUGCGAUAGUCCAUCAUCUGGCCAAACACCCCGAGGUAGAAAAACGAAUGGUCGAUGAAUUAUUCCGAGUGUUAGGUUCAAAUCAGAAUGUCAAAGUUGAAGAUUUCGAUAAGUUAAAAUUCACCGAAGCUGUCAUAAACGAAACCAUACGUUUAAAUCCCGUUGUCCCACUGGUACACCGUUACAGCACCGACACAGAACUUGAAAUUGCUGGUCGCUUAUUCCCACCAAACACAAUAUUCGGCAUAAACCUUGCACACAUUCAACGAAACCCAAAAUACUUUCCCAAUCCCGAAACAUUUGAUCCAGAUCGAUUUUACACAGAGAAUUGCGCAGAGAAUUGCGCAGAGAAUUGCACAGAGCAUCGGAAAGAUCAGUUACCAAAAUAUGCAUUUUCCCCGUUUGGACAAGGAAUGCGAUCGUGUCCUGGCAAGAAUUUUGCUAUGGCCGAGAUUAAAACAAUUUUAGCAAAUAUCUAUCGAAAAUACACAUUUCAAUUGGCUUAUCCUAAUAAACCACUUCCAUGGCGGUAUACAGUCGUUAAUGAAAUUGGCACGUUUGAAGUUUUUGUUGUCCCAAGAGAGAAUAGUGGUUGCAUUUUACCUAAUAGUGCUGCUUAA